AUGGAGACUGAACAACAGGAGGAGACCUUUACCAACGCAGAGACAAAUGGUAAAUUUUUUUUAAAGGGAAAACGUCCUGCAGAAGAUAUGGAAGAAGAACAGGCCUUCAAAAGAUCUCGGAAUACAGAUGAGAUGGUUGAAUUGCGCAUCUUACUUCAAAGCAAAAAUGCUGGAGCAGUGAUUGGAAAAGGUGGCAAAAAUAUUAAGGCACUUCGUACAGAUUACAAUGCAAGUGUUUCAGUCCCAGACAGCAGUGGCCCCGAGCGCAUCUUGAGUAUAAGUGCAGAUACAGAGACAAUUGGAGAAAUCUUGAAGAAGAUUAUCCCUACUUUAGAAGAGUAUCAACACUACAAAGGUAGCGACUUUGACUGUGAAUUAAGACUUCUAAUUCACCAAAGUCUAGCAGGAGGAAUUAUUGGUGUCAAGGGUGCUAAAAUCAAAGAACUCAGAGAGAACACUCAGACUACCAUUAAACUCUUCCAAGAGUGUUGUCCUCAUUCUACUGAUAGAGUGGUGCUUAUUGGUGGAAAACCUGAUAGAGUUGUGGAAUGUAUCAAGAUUAUCUUGGAUCUUAUCUCUGAGUCUCCAAUUAAAGGACGGGCCCAGCCUUAUGAUCCCAAUUUCUAUGAUGAAACAUAUGACUAUGGUGGCUUCACAAUGAUGUUUGAUGAUAGACGGGGACGUCCAGUAGGCUUUCCGAUGCGUGGAAGAGGAGGCUUUGAUCGAAUGCCUCCUGGUCGUGGUGGACGACCUAUGCCUCCAUCAAGAAGAGAUUAUGAUGAUAUGAGCCCUCGCAGAGGACCUCCACCGCCUCCACCAGGUCGUGGUGGCAGAGGUGGCAGCAGAGCUCGUAAUCUUCCUCUUCCUCCUCCACCACCUCCUCGUGGCGGAGAUCUUAUGUCUUAUGACCGAAGGGGCAGACCUGGAGACCGUUAUGAUGGAAUGUUUGAGGGUGGCUCUGGAUAUGACUAUUCUUACACAGGGGGCCGUGGUUCCUAUGGAGAUCUUGGUGGACCCAUCAUCACAACACAAGUAACAAUUCCCAAAGAUUUGGCAGGGUCUAUUAUUGGAAAGGGAGGCCAGAGAAUCAAACAAAUACGUCAUGAGUCAGGAGCUUCAAUCAAAAUUGAUGAACCACUGGAAGGCUCAGAAGAUCGAAUAAUAACUAUUACAGGAACACAGGACCAGAUACAAAAUGCUCAGUAUUUACUGCAGAACAGUGUGAAGCAGUAUGCAGAUGUUGAAGGAUUCUAA